GGGGGGCGGGGUACCGAGCAGGGUGUGUGGGUGCUGUGGUGCGUGGGGCAGGGUGCGUGCCUGCAAGGGGUUGCAGGGCAGCGUCCUUGCAUGCACGGGGCACAGCGCCUGGGUGCUCAGCGCCGGGGCUGGAUGGGUGCCCGGGGAAGGGUGCUGCUCACACUUGGGCGCUGCGGGCCCCAUCCCACCCAACCCAGCGCUGCGUUCCCUGGGUGCCAGUGGGUUGGUGUCUCAUCCGGGGGUGGUGUUUGUUGGGGGUCCGUGCGCUACCCCUGACCCCCCAACAUUCCCCUGUUUCCCCCCCCCCCGCAGCGGCGGGCAUGAAGGGGAAGGGCGGAAGCUGUUCUACAAGGCGAUCGUGGGGCAAGGAGACGCUGCGCGUCGGGGACUGCGCGUCUUCCUCUCGGCCGGGCGGCCCACCUGCCCUACAUCGGGCGCAUCGAGAGCAUGUGGAGUCUGGGGCAGCAACAUGGUGGUCAAGGUCAAGUGGUUCUACCACCGGAGGAGACCAAGCUGGGCAAGCGGCAGAGCGACGGCAAGAACGCCCUGUACCAGUCGUGCCACGAGGACGAGAACGACGUGCAGACCAUCUCCCACAAGUGCAGGUGGUGGGACGGGAGCACUACGAGCAGAUGACCCGCAGCAAGAAGUACCAGGACCGGCAGGACCUUUACUACCUGGCGGGCACCUACGACCCCACCACGGGCCGCCUGGUGACCGCCGACGGGGUCCCCAUCCUCUGCUGACCCCCCCUCCCCCCCCCCCCACAAUGUGCCCACCCGGGGGGGGGACAGGGACGGACCCCCAUCCCCUUCCCACCACCGCGCUCCUUCCCUGCGAUUAUGCAAAGCCCAGGGGUGGCUGGAGAAGGAGGGGGGGGGGGGUGUGUGUGAGUUUUGGGGGGGCAUCGUCACGGAGGGGGCGCAGGGCGGGGGGGGGGUGCCCCUACAAGCAUACUUUCCCUAGUACUCUGACUGUUUGCCAGCAGGUAAAGCAGAAAUCAGGUGUGUUGUUCUAUUUA